AUGAGCAUACAGAAAGUUACCAGAUUAUUUUUCAAAAACCUGCAAAUCAACGGCGGCCACGAAACACCAGAAUACCGAUUUACAUCAAAGGAAACUGAACAAAUUCCUGUAACUCCCACGAAGCCGAAACUCUUACCGAGACAUUUCUUUGAACUACGAGAGAGAUUCACAUUCUUCUCGAUUAAACAAGUGCUGCCAGGAUACGAGCUAGGUCGUCAUCAUACCGCCAAGGGCGAAUCAUCCGAUGGUCAGAAAGGGGAAUACCGUUUCGAAGCCAAUCGCAUCAACAGCUUUAGGAAUUGGCCUCCAGCAUCUCCAGCCUCGUCGCUCAAACUUGCGCGAGCUGGUUUAUAUUAUUCUGGAAAGGGUGAUGAAGUAGUCUGCUUCAGUUGCGGAGGACAUUUAAAACAGUGGCAAAAAGGCAACGAUCCACAGGACAAACAUCGCCGAAGCUUCCCAAGUUGCCGUCAAGCCAAUGGCGAUGAUCCCAGGAAUGUGCCGCUGUAUGAAAGGAGCUUCGACGAAACUUUGGCAGACGGUAUGACGGAUCUAUUUCCAAAUCUCGCACGGGAGCAGAGGUCACGCGAGAGUACCGGCAGCAGCUCAUCCUCGUAUUACGGAAGGUUGGCAUCUGCUUUGGAAGCCUCUGAGUUUGGUUCGCAAAGUCCUACAGGCCGUGCUGCCAGACCAUAUGACGUGGAGCCAAGGGAAAUAAAAGCCAGAAUGGACACGGAAUUGGUACAGCUGGUUCUGGGACUUGGUUUCGAACGUCUGAGCGUUCAAAAUGCCGUCGAACAGCGGUUAAGGACCACAGGCGACGAUUUCCACAGCGCAGAGAGUUUGGUCGAGGCUGUUCUUAAUAUCACAGAAAGCAUACGACAGAGGGUGUCCCAACCGGAAGUGCCUGUUACGCCACCCCCACGUGAUUUGCCACGUGAGCAGUCACAGAUGCCAAAUGCAAGUCCUGAAGUCAAAGCCAGCGACCGUACUUGUGAACCUAGUGGGAAAAAGGCUAUGUCUCCGUCGUCGGUUCCUCUUGAUCCAGAUGAAGCUUCUAAAAUUCUGAAAGAAGAAAACCUUCGCCUGAAAGAGCAGAGAAGGUGUAAGAUUUGCAUGGACGAGGAGGCUAAUAUUGUAUUUCUGCCGUGCGGCCAUCUUGUCUCCUGUGCCCAAUGCGCCCCUGCUCUGCGGACAUGCCCCAUCUGCAGAUCCUGCAUCCGGGGAACCGUGAGAACCUACAACUAGUGUGACGCCAUCCCGAGAACUUGG